AUGAUUACACGUUUCUUCAGAUAUUUUAAUUUUAAUUUUUUAUAUAGGUAAAUAUUUAUCUUCAUGUAAAAUUUAAUCCACAUUUUUUUAUAAUAAUAUAAAUGAAAAUGCAAAGAUAUGUAGGUUUAAAUAAAGUUCAAUACCUAGCUAUUUUGUUUUCUUGCCUUACAUACCAAGUUAAUUGAUAACCUCCUUUAUUUUCCAAUUUGAUCAGAAAAUCAUCGAAAAUUUUCUGACAAUUUUUUUUUUAGCAAAUGGAUCUAAUUUCUGAGGUUACACCUAACUUGCUUAAAAGGACUGAAUUACCCCUGAACUCAAUUACCAUUUUGUUGUUCCUCAUGGCUGGGAGGGCAGGAAGAGGGAGGCCAAUGAUGCCUGACUUGAAGGAGAGGAGGUAGAGGAGCCCAUCAGGAUGGUAAAGGUAGAGACGCCCAAUGGGGAAGAGGGGGAGAGAGAGAACGUAAGUGAAAAUUAGUAGGGUCUUUCAUGCACCAAUCACCAUAUCCACACUAGAAACAAAAAUCCAUGCAGUCCACACUAACAGAUAUUUGUGAGGACAAUUUAUAGUUUCAAGGGUUAUUUAGUCCUUUCACUAAGUGGAAUUUUUUUAAAAAUCGGUAAAAUUAGAUGGAAUAGUAUGCUAUUUUUCAAAGAACAAUGUGGCUUAUGGAUAGUCUAGUUGCUUUGUAGGCAGCUAAAAUCAAAUAACUCUUAAAUAAGUACAAAAAACUUGGAUAAAUGCAAAUUUUCACGAUAAUGGCCACAGAUAAAACACAAUUUAGUAUCUUUAAUAUUUAUACACCAUCAUGUUUGUUAUGUCUACAAUCAAAGAACAUGCAUUUCCAAUGUAUCCAUGUACUCCCCUUGUUACUUCAAUCACAUGAAUACUAUUUUUGGAGUUUGAGAAAUCUACAAAAAUCGAACGAACUAGUAACACCCAUGUUUGGAAUCGUUACACCGCAAGAUGGGGAGGCAAAGAGACAGCGAACAGCUAGUUCUAGAGUGGAGGAUGUGAAGUAAUAGACCUUGUCGCCGCCACUACAACAACACUACCACCACCCCCACCUCAUCAGCCACCACAUCGACCUUCUCUCUCUCCACACCAUUUGCUCAUGCAGUCACCACAGAGGCGGGCUGAUGGCGAGCAAGACCCGUCUCCAUCAGCUCAGGAGACACCGGCAGUCCGAGUUCAGCUCGAUCGACGUGCAAAGACGAAGGAGCCUGGCUUUCACUACACGGCCUAG